AUGUUGGAGAGGUGUGAGUGCUUUGGCUCAUGCGAUUAUGACAAAUUGUAUGAGGAUUUUCCAGUGGAAAAAAAGCCUUUUUCUCUUCCUUCACCCCUUCCACAGUGGCCACCAGGUCAAGGUUUUGCCACAGGGAAGAUGUGCCUAGGAGAAAUAGAAGUCGUUAAAAUCACUAAGUUCUCUGAAAUAUGGAGUUAUGUCAAGCUGUGGGGAAAGGAGAAAGGUGUUUCUUUUUACAAACCUGUGGAAAUUCCAGAUGGAUAUUUCUGCCUCGGUCACUAUUGUCAACAGAAUGAUGUGCUGUUGAGAGGUUACGUCCUCGUGGCCAAAGCCAUAUCUACCACCAAGCAUUGUGGUGAUCAAAUUCGAGGUUCAACUUCAGACUCUCCUCCCCUUACAAAGCCUCUUAAUUACAGCUUAGUAUGGAGUGCUGAUUCUCGAAAUGAUGGACAAGGUUUUAUUUGGCUCCCAAAUGCACCAGUCGGUUACAAAUCUAUGGGUUUUGUAGUUACCAUUGAGUCUGAUGAGCCAGAUCUUGAAGAAGUAAGAUGUGUUCGGGUCGAUCUCACUGAAAGUUGUGAAGCUGGUGAUGUGAUAUUUGACAAAAAUACAUUCUUAUCGAAGGAUGAUUUCCAAAUUUGGAAUACAAGACCGAGCGAAAGGGGAAUGUUCUCUAAAGGUGUUCCUGUUGGGACAUUCUUCUGCAGUAGAAACCAGAGUUCUGAAGAUGAACUGAACAUUGCUUGUUUGAAGAACCUUGACGCAUCCUUCCAUGCAAUGCCGAAUCUUGAUCAAGUCCAUGCACUCUUUAAGCACUAUGGACCUUCCAUUUUUCAUUAG